GGUAAACCAGAAGGUGACCGGGAAAGUAUAGAUUCAAUAGAGAACGGCAGGAAUGCAGCCACUUCUUCUCCUCUUUCAAAUCGACCAAGUGAUAUUCCCCUUAACAACGAUGGUCCCUCUUCCAUCGCUACUCCUCCCAUUGUACAUGACUUGAUCUCCCCCCAGAGAGCCACAUCUCCACUUAACUCAAAUCAAGCUCAAUUGCUCACCAAGGCGCAGCACAAAAAGAAGACUAAAGUAUCGAAGAAGGGCGGAAAGAAUAAGAAGUUGAAGAGUGGGAGUGAGCUUGGUGGAGCCGCAGCAAAACCGAAAUCUCAUCACUUGUGGCCGGGUAAGAAGAGGAAGAAGUCCUUCGAAGUUGCCAAUGGUGUUGAAGCUUGA